GGUAGGAGUGGAAACAACCACUUGCUCACACUCCACACCCUCAUCUACCAUCAGGGAGGGUAGAUAGGAAGGCUCCCUUGACAUAAAGAACAAAAGCAAUGGGGUAAUGGAGACCCUCAGCCACAGGUAUCAUUACCAGUGAAUAUUAAAUGAAGAUCCUCGGGUCACCCACAGCUACAGGGAUGAAAAGAACCAUUCAGCAGCUACAGUGUGAAAGACAGCACUUGACUCCUCCUAUCAAGAAACCAAACUCCACCAACAAAGCACAACUCCCAGAAGCCAUCUGGAACUGCUCUUCGCUGUGCUGUGAGCUUAUUCAUAGGGACGACUUUUAGAGGAAACUAUCCUAGGAAUCGUUUCUUCAGAAGGAAUUUUUUUGUAAAGAGAAGAGAGACAGAGGGAAAAAAAACCAAAAAGCUCUUGGAAAUUAAAUGGAAGACAGAAGAUAGACUUCAAUGGUGACAUCCCCUCCCCAAUUUCAUUUACUGCUUAAUUGUCAUACAUUCUACACCAUUUCCAUUAACACAAACAUAACAAAGUAGAAGUUAGAACUAUUAGUGUUUAUUUAAGUGCCCAUUGCCCAUGGAUUCUUGCUCGAAAGACUGUUCCUAAAACAUCCCUGUAAGCUACUGCUUCCCAAAAGAUCUCUGCUCCAGCACAAGCACAAGAUGGUGCCAUUAACAUAUCACGAUCAACAUUUUGUGCAUUUAGACGACUCUCAGCAACAAGCUACAAUCAGUUCACCUAUACAUCAAUACACAUGUGAGGCAUUAAACCAAUACAACAGCCAACCUGUGGCAAAAGAACAGUCUCAAAAUAUAGUCACAGUGCAGCAACCAAGCUUUAACAAGAAGGCCCAGACCUUCUGUACACUGACUCCUCCGAGCUCUAAAGUGGCACAAGAUCCCUAUAACAGGGUUAUGAAAUCAUCAUCAUUAUAUUCCAAAUGUCCAGCAACACUUUCGAAAUACCUUCACUUGAAAAGUUCCUUUAAUACCUCUUGGAAAUCCUUGGGUUCACCUGUGUCUCACCACAAGCCCCCGACAAUCUCUUCACCCAGCUUUACCAAUGCUUCAGCGCUGGAACCCAGUCAAUUAGCUCUGAGAUCAAGAUUAUCGCUUCCAAAGCCUCAGACAUCAUCAAGUAUUGACCCUUGCUGGGAACCACCUUCGUCUGCGUCUACUCAAAGAGUCUCAACACUAUCACCAUCUACCCUUCAACAUCAAGAAACACCUUCCCUAAAUGUCAUCUGGACUUCACCUUCUCUGGACUUGAGUCCAAGUGAACCUACCUUAACAUUAGGUACAUCUAAAUCACAGAAGGAACCCUUACUGGACUGUGUUUGGUCAUCUUUAUUAGAAUCCAAUCAAAAAGUUUUGAGCUCACCACAACUCAGUCACAAGCUUCAAAAAAAUGACUCUCCUCCAACUUCAUCUUCUUUGGAGUCCAAUCGAAUGUCUCAGAAUUCACCACUGUCUGAACGUAAAGCUUCGAAAAGUCCUGCAUCAAAUUCUAAUAACAAUGUUCUAAGUUUGCCUCUUUCCCAAGUAAAAUCAAGGAAACCACCACACUCUGUUCAUCCAUCUCCAAGUUUGUCAGCGUGCCAGCCAAAACCUAAAACAACGCUCAAAUGUGAGCCUAGAACCCGGACCCUCAGCUCACCUGCUUGUCACAACAAGGUCCAGAGUAUUGCUACACUCAAAGACAAAUCCAGAGCCCGUCCCCUUUCAUCAGUUCCUCAUAAACCAAAUAUCUCAGGCCAAAGAGUAUCAAGUCCCAAACCCUGCAUCAAGAACAAGAAUGCUUCAAUUCUGAGUUCCAGACUCCAGAGUAAAGGUAGUGUUGAACAAAAGGUAAAGACAGAAACAGAGAAUGAAGUCCCAUGGUCCUUAGAUUAUAGUCAUCCCUGCAUUAUUAAAGGAGGUACUGUCCCUGUUGAUGUUGUAAAUAAAAUUGUCAAUUCUAUUUCCAAGUCUACAAUCCAGAAGGAUCUCUCUAGGCAAAUUCUCUUUCGAAGAAUGAGGGGAAGGCCAAAUCCUCAUCCUGGUCCCCGCCUUUCAUCAACAUAUACUGUUUGUUUAGAAUGUGCUUCCUGUAUAAAAUCUCAGUGUAGUCAUCUUACAGGAAAGAAAGAUCCACGGUGUGCCACACUCUUUGUGAUCCCGACACCUGAGAUCCGCUCUGAUGGGAAAAUAGACGUAAAAUUAGUUCUUAUCCUUUCCCUCCCAGAGACUUCUACCUCGUCCCGUUACCAAUUUCCCAUGAAAGAUAAUCAACCUGAUGAUAAUCUAGAAGCCCUCGAUGAUGAUAUUGAAGAAUUAGAGAAGAUAACACAGUUUUUCCCUGCCUCUGAAUCUGAUUUAAUCCAGGGACUCAAGACAAACCAAAAGUGGUUGGCUGUAUCCUCUGAAGACAAAGAUGUAAGUCAAGAGCCCCAAGCUACUGACUGGCUGCUUUAUGUUAAAAACAGAAAUAGUACUCAGCCUCAAUCCCCAGUUCAAGCUCCAUCUUCAUCUUCUUCAUCUUCUUGCUCCUCCCUUUCCUCUUCUUCUUCCUCCUCUUCCUCUAGUGGUUUUCCUUCUCCACCCUCUCCUUGCAAAGACUCCACUCUUGUUCCUCCCUCAGGUUAUGUUGUUACUAGUGUAAGAAGUCACCACCGGUUACCUCCAGGGGUCUCCUGGCUGGACUUCAUACGGGGUACAAGUUCUGAAACCACCAAAAAAAGACAUUCACCAACACCGAAAACCAAGCGCGUGAGGACUCGCAAUACGAAAUCCAUGAAAAAGGGGAAAAGGGGACCAAACACACUGUUCAGAUAUUUCCAAACGAAGUUCCAAAAUUAG